AUGCUGAAGCUCUAUGGUUCUUCUCGAUGUUGUUCGACAGCUCGGAUCGCGGUCGUGCUGCACGAAAAACAGAUCGGCUACGAGCUUCAUCCUCUGCACCCGACUAAUAGCGAUGCUCAACCGCAUAUUGUAUGUUUAAAUGGUUUUUUCUCUAUUUCCACUCACGAAUUGUUCGACCAACAGGAUGACAAUGGAAUAAUCCUCUAUGGAUGUCGAAAUAUAUGCCAAUAUCUCGCUACACGAUAUCCUGAACGAGGGACCAAGCUGAUUCCGGAUUCUACUGAUACGCAGGCUACAGAGCUCUUUGGACAAGCCAAAUACGCGGAAAACCAAAGUUUUGAACCUUUUGCGAAAAAUGCAUUGUACGAAACGAUCAUGAAGCGGUAUGUGCAACAAGGCUUUCUUCCCAGUGACGCCAUUAGUGGCUCUGCUUUGCAGGAACUUUCGAACAAUAUGGAGGGGUACGAGUCCAUCCUUAGUUGUCGAAAGUACCUAGCUGGGAAUGAAAUCAGUCUCGUAGAUCUAUAUCAUCUUCCAUACGGCGAAAUGUUAUGCAAUGUUGGGAUUGAUGUGCUCUUAACCAAGGGGCCGAAUGUAUCUCGGUGGUGGGCGGACAUUUCAUCCCGGCCGUCUUGGUUGACUAUCAGGAAUGGAGUACCUUCCAAGGGAUGA